CACCACAGAAAGAAACAUAGAUGAAUAUAAGUACUGACGUAAAGAAAUGUCAACACAAAAUGCCGAGUGGUGUCCAAAUAUUUUUUAACACACGAAAGUUAUAAAUUACUGAGUAAAUGUACUUGAAAUGAUUUCAAUAAUGAUUCCCUUCAUGGUUUUAUGGGCUAGGGGUAAUGCAGAAGAUUACUACUACAACCCUCAAAAUUCGUCAAAGGCCACGCUAUCAGGGAUAGCGGCCUACAGAUCAGCUCUGACGCUGGACUGGUUGGCUGCGGAAGACCAGCGGCAGAGGGAGCUGGCUGCUGCGUACGAAACCGAGCCAGCUCCUCCAGCGAGGAGUCUGUCAACCGACUGCAUCUCGUAUGCAAGACCAGCGUCUGGGAAAGUUGCCCGGCUGAUGCUGGAGUUGUUGAAAAAUUUAGAGGGCGAUGAAGGUAACAUAGUAACAGAUCUGAUUCAAGCUCUGGUUCGAACCAAACUGCUGGUGGAAACGUCCAUGUUGGACGCAGAACCAGACCUGGACUCCUUGGUCAAGACUCCAGGAGUGAUGAUGGGAGAACCACACACCACGUUCCCUAGGAUUCUGGCUAUGACCUGGAUGACAGUCACGGAUCCUGUCACCACUAAAAAAUUCGGAUGGUGUCCUAUAAACAAGGUAAACAAAUAUUUGACUAUAACGAAGCCAAUCACGAUAGCGAAGCAGAUGAAAGCUCUGGAGCCCGUCAUCGCUCGAGCCAGGUUUAUCAUGGAAGAGUUCAUUCAACACGUCACUCCACUGAAUAUGUACCAGAAGAAAUCACCAGAAACCGUCACAACUGAUUUUCAGGGCAAAUCAUAUUCAGAAGAAGAUAAUAAUAAUAUAGUAACAACGACUGAAGUCCAUUUUAAAUCUAUGAAGCGGCCUACACGUACUGCCAACACGGUACGAGCAGUACAUGUGGCGCUAGCGCACUCUGGUACCGCCACGCCACAGAUGGAACUGGAACAUAUGCCGAGCAAAGUAGAAACUGAAAUUGUGUCAUCAUCCUCGCAAAUAAGCCUGUGUCGCUUACCACAUACACCUAUAAUAAUUAUUUUAAUCAUUUUCUACGUCAUAAAUCUGCUUUGAAAUUUAAAAUGGUGUUCGAUUUUAAUUAUAUUAUAUUGUAUGUAAAACUGCGACCAAAUUCCGUAGCUUUUGGUGAUCUUACUGCAAUCCUAAAGCGUCGGUCAAAUUAGUUUACAAAUAUU